UUGACGUCACUGCAGGUUGGUGGGAGGUGCCGGCAAACAUGGCGUCUUUUUCUCUGGUGACAGGAGUGAAGGUGUAGGGAGUGACAGGAGCUCGGAGCAGGCGUCAGCUCCCCCGGGGAGCCUGCGGACAGUACCGUGUCGGUUGGCGUAUGGAGACGGCGCAGCUGAACAUGGAAAACAUGGAGACCUUGAAUGAGCUGGGCGACGAGCUCACACUGAACGAUAUUGACGAAAUGCUUCAGUUUGUCAAUAACCAAGUUGGAGAGUUUCCUGAACUUUUUGAGGAACAGUUGUGUCCGACCUUCCCAGGUGGUGGUAGUGGUGUAGCAAUGGACACUUCUGUCACCAAAUCUUACAAUCCAGUACAGCAGCAGCCCUACCAAAUCUCAAUACCUCAGACACAGGCAAUAACCAUCAAAGCACCUAUACAGUCUGCACCCUCACAAUCCACACCCCAGAGGACUGCUCCAGUUCUUCGUCCACUCCUUCAGUCACCACCACAACCUCAGUUACAGCAGCAGACAGUGAUGCUGACCCCUACUUUCAGCACAACCACCCAGACGCGUUUUAUACAGCAGCCACUAAUCUACCAAAAUGCUGGUACAACAAGCUUUCAGGUUUUUCAGCCGCAGGUUCAGAGUUUGAUGACAACACAGCAGGUUCAACCAGUCACCAUCCAGCAGCAGGUGCAGACAGUCCACGCUCAGAGGGUGCUCACCCAAUCUGCCAAUGGCACUAUCCAGACACUGACUCAAGCUCCACAGAGUACAAUCCAGACACUUACCCCAGCUACUGUUCAAACCAUGACGCCACAAGUUCAGCAGGUUCUGGUGCAGCCACAAAUUAUUAAAACUGAAUCCUUGGUCUUGACUGCUUUGAAAGCAGAUGGGAGUCCAAUGAUGACUACCGUCCAAAACCCUGCAAUCACAACUCUUUCUGCUCCAUUGCAAACCACAACUCUGCAAGUUCCUACUUUGAUGGGUGGCAACGGAACUAUAUUGACUACCAUGCCUGUUAUGAUGGGGCAGGAGAAAAUGCCCAUCAAACAGGUGCCAAGCAACCUGAAACAACAAGAAGUUCCUAAGGAAGGCGAACGAAGAACAACACACAACAUUAUUGAAAAGCGGUACCGGUCAUCCAUUAAUGAUAAAAUCAUUGAGUUGAAGGACUUGGUUAUGGGCACUGAUGCCAAAAUGCACAAGUCAGGGGUCCUGAAGAAAGCAAUUGAUUACAUAAAAUACCUACAGCAAAUGAAUCAGAAACUGCGACAGGAAAACAUGGCUCUGAAGUUGGCUAACCAGAAAAAUAAGUACUUGAAAGGAAUUGAUUUAAGCAGUUUAGUGGAUACCAGUUUGGAGAUGAAGAUGGAUGAAUUCAACCAAAACCUUCUGAUUAUGUCACCACCACCGUCAGACUCUGGUUCUCCUGCUGUUUUCUCUCCAUAUUCUGUGGACUCAGAACCAGGAAGCCCUCUGCUGGAUGAUGAGAAGGUUAAAGAUGAGCCAGACUCCCCCACCGGAUUAGGCAUGAUGGACCGCUCACGGAUGCUUCUCUGCGCCAUGACCCUACUUUGUUUAUCUUUCAACCCUCUGACAUCUCUGUUGCCAUCUGAAAAUGGGCAGCAGUCUGAUAGAACAAUGCAGCAUGGUACAGGGAGAACCAUGUUGGGGAUCGAGAUGUCUGGAUUUUCUGGCAGUUGGCUUGAUUGGCUCAUUCCAACCUUAAUCCUUUGGCUUGCUAAUGGUGUGAUAGUCCUCAGUGUCUUCAUGAAGCUUCUGAUCCAUGGAGAGCCUGUCACACGCACUCAUUCCCGCUCGUCAAUGAAGUUCUGGAGACACAGAAAACAGGCAGAUCUGGAUCUUACUAGAGGAGACUUUGGAGCAGCAGCUGUUAACCUGCAGACAUGCCUGUGUGUCUUGGGGCGCUCACUUCCUGCUUCACGCUUUGAUCUUGCAUGUAGCCUCUCUUGGAACAUAAUUCGCUGCAGUUUGCAGAAGAUAAGCCUUGUGCGCUGGUUAUUGAAGCGCACCCCUGGCUAUUGCAAGAAAGCAGAGUUUCAGGAUGAAGCCAUGACGAGCGCACGGGAUGCUGCUCUUGUGUACCACAAAUUGCAUCAGCUCUAUCUGACCGGAAAGCUUCCCUCUAAUUGGAGCUGUUCUGGACUUAACCUUGCCCUAUGUGCUGUGAAUUUGGCUGAAUGCGCAGGUGACAAGAUCCCGGCAAGUUUGUUGGCUGAAAUCCACCUAACUACAGCCGUGCAAAUGAAAACAAGCUUCCCAGGAAGAUUCUCUUUCCUUUCUGCUUACUUCCUUGGAUGCGCAAUAGACACAAGCAUUUCCUCUGACAAAGAUUCUCUCCCAGAGUCUUUACGCUGGCUGUCACAUCCACUUGGGAAGCACUUUUUCAUUGAUUGUAACUGGACCGUAAAAAGUGCAUCAAGGGAGUCUCUGUACAGCUCUUCUAGGAGUCUAGCGGACCCUGUUGCUCAAAUCCAUCGAUCAUUUUGUGAAUUCUUAUUGGAGAAAGCAUUAUACUCCUUGGCAAAACCAGAGAUUGGCAAAGCGAUGCCUGAUGAAAAUAGUGAAUUUUCCAGGACUCAAGAGAAUUUGAAGCUUCUCUGUGUGUUUGCAGACUCCAUAAGCAGCAUCACCUCUCUCCCUCUCGGCAGGACUUCUCCUGUGUUGUCAUCUGCAGAUCCUAUAUGCCGAUGGUGGUACCAUGUCGCAUCUAUGGUAAUUGGCUGGCUCCAAGGGGAUGAUGCUGCAGUGAAAUCAAAUUUUGUGGAUGUUGAAAGGAUUCCCAAACUCUUGAACUCAGAUAAUCCUCUAGUGAAAGCAGUGAUGCACGUGUGCAGAGCUAUGCAAGUGUCUGUACUGGGUAAAUCUGAUGGGCUUCAGAGCUCUUUCUGCCAUUGUGAGAAAGCUAGUGCUUUCUUGUGGAAUAGUCUGAACCUGAGCACCACUUCGAACAGUGACCUGAACAAGGUAGUGCAGCUCUUAGUGUGUGACCUACUGCUCUCCAUGCGCACUUCGUUAUGGCAGAAACAGUCCUGCUCUGGCCCAACACCUGUGGAAGCCAAUCACGCACCAACCUCUGUAUUAACAGGGUUUCAGCGUGACCUAAGUAGCCUUCGUAGGCUGGCUUUCAUCUUUAAACCUGCCCACUGCAAGCUGUUCCUGCAUGAAGCCACAGUACGACUCAUGGCUGGAGCAAGUCCAACUCGCACUCAUCAGCUACUCCAGCACAGCUUACAGAAACGCACAGUGCAAAGCAACAAGGAAGGUGAGUUGGUUUCAUUACCUGGGCAAAGGGAGAGGGCCACAGCUAUACUGCUGGCCUGUCGCCACCUGCCCCUAUCCUUCUUAUCUUCCCCGGGACAGAGGGUGGUCAUGCUUGCGGAAGCUGCAAGAACUCUGGAGAAGGUGGGCGAUCGUCGCUCUUACCAUGACUGCCAACAAAUGAUGGUUAAGCUUAGUGGUGGUACUGCCAUGGCAGCCUCCUGAAAUGGACUUCUAAACCUGAUCAAAUUAUUUCUCAACACACAAUGCUCCUCUUACUGGAGCAAUACAGGGUCAAUUUGUACAAGACAACAAAAUGGGCCAGUCUCUUCACGUUUUCUGCACUUCCUACUUGAUAAGCUUUCAUUGAUUCCAUUCACAAUAAAGGAUGGUUGUGUUGGAUGAAGGGAGGAAAUUAAAGAGGGGGCGCAGUACAUGGCAUUGCAACAUUCCUAAACAUGUGCACCUGAACUUUUUUUUUUUUUUUAAAUCUGUUGUAUGUCAAUAUGUCUGUCAUAGGUCUUUCACUCAGGGUAUAUAUGUGGGGGUUUGUGGGGUAUUCUUUUUCUGACAUUGCUGACUUUAUUCCUGGGAAUAUUAUUUAAAGCAAAAUAAUUAUAGUUGGCAUUUCAGUUAGCUUAAAGAUUCUUCUGUCCCUGGUAUUUUUCCUCUAGCAGCGAAUGAUGCCAAAAAACAAGCUAAUGUUAACAAGGCUGGUAUUUAGCAUUCAAGUAAUCUUUCCCCAUUGUCCUCUGGAAUAUGGACAGUAUAUGCUUAAUGAGCAAGCCUACUAAAAUAUGUUAAAUUAGGCACGUCAACAGCUUUUAUGCAAUUUAAUGUAGGCAUUUACUUGGCUACACUGGUAUAGUCCUUUUUUAUUAUAUAUUUUUUUUAUUCUAAGAAGCUGCACAAAGUAAGAAUUGCAGCAGCUUUCUGUUCCAAACAUGAUAUUGACUGUUAUAAGCUGCAAAUGUAUAAUUCUUGUGACGGAGCUCACGUACUCUGAGUACCUCCAUCCAGUCUUUCUUGCCGCUUUCAAGGACCCUGUAAUGCUUUAGGGCCAAGUCUCUGAAGCUUGACUGGGGUCUCUCAGGAGCACUCUCCUUCCAGACUGUGAUUGUCCCAUCUGCCUUUUUCUCUUCAGCUCCUUUCCCAGGCAGGUAUCCACAUCUCUGCCUGUAUUGUGACCAGCUACUGCCUUUACACAGGCACUUGUUUCUCUCAAGCCUAGCUCUUCUUGACUUGUCCCAGGAUGCAGGUAUCAAGCAGCCAACUAACGGGUCCAAAGACUGUUACUGGGCUCCCUGAAUAAAUCAACCAGGACACACUGUUCCAAAAGGAACAAACACAGUCAACUUAAUUUUUUACUCUGGACUAGCCCAUAUUCUCAUUACAUCAAAUUUAUGGUGCCAAACUCCAUUUGAUAUAAAUAUCCAAAUCAUAUGGGGAAACAUACACACAUAGUAACUUGAUAACAUAUUUAUAAAGAGGUAAGAAAGAAAGAAAAGAACAAGAAGUAUCUCCCAUACCUGCAGAAACCAUAAUAUUCAAGUCUUGCUAUUCCAGUUCUACAUAUAGUUGUUGUAGGAUCCUUACAACCAACAGAUGCUGCUGUACAUGUUCCAUAGCCAAAUCCACCUAGUUGCUUGAAAGAAACAGCAGGACAGGAGAGCACACAUAACAUGUAACAAUAAACACAUUACACACAUCCUGCACCUAGAAUGGGGACAGGGUGACUAAAACGUAAGAAUAGUCCAGGUGGCUACAUUAAGUGUCCAUCUUAACCUCCUGGUGAUAGUGACUACUGUCACAUACUGUUAACAUGUGUGCUGAUUUAGCAUGAGUGUAAAACACUCGCAUGUAAAUACAAUAUUACAGUAAGUACAUCUAUUCACAUUAAUGGGUUGUACACAUGAUUAAUUAUGCAGUGCUUCUCACAUUCCUUUUGCAUGGGGGAAGUAUUAUUUGCUGAAAUCUUGCCGCUGGUUACUGCAGCGUACAGUAGCCUGCAGAAGAAACAUUUGGUGUAUAAGAAGUUAUUUUCGAAUAGCACUUUUAAGAUAAUAUUUAAAAAAAAAAAAAAAAAAAAUGAUUGUCAUGUCUUAGGGUCACUUUAAGCAAGAAAAAAAAAAGUUGCCUUUCAGAAAUCAGUAUGUUGAGUUAAAAUGCGGCAAUUGAGAUUUUAGAGUUUAGUAACUUAUAUUGACUGCUUUCAUCUUUGCGGUCUUUCUUUUACUCAUGAAAAACAGAACCUUCUGGAUCGUAUUUGAUAAUUUAUUAAUUUUUUUUUUUUUAUGAGCCGGUUCACUCUUGUACAUUUUUUUUUUUACUGCAGUAUGAAUAAAAUGUGUACCCUUUGAUAUAGAAAAUGUAAUUCUCAAGUCCUGCUUGAUUUUGAUACGUUUUAAGUCUUUUUAGUAGCAAACCAUAACAUCAAAACCUGUUAAAGAAUUUAAAGAAAAAAAUUACUGUUAUAGUCCACUAAAUGCAGCUUUUGGAAAUGAUUUUUAUUUAAGAGAGUGCUUGUGGUUAUGAUGGUGUGCCUGGCCGAGUGAUUGCGGAUUAAAUAAAACCAUGCAUGAACUUUUAACUACUUCGUUUUCUUUGUUUCAUGCUGUGUGAUCGACUGC